AUGCUUCGGUUUCUGUGGGCUCGAAAACGUUCCCUUAGAAUCGCACUCGUCCUUGCCCCCAUCUUCAUCUUCUUGAGAACGCUUUGGGCGAGUCCAAACUGGACCGAUAGAUCUGUUCACACGGUCUUGCGAUUCGACCCGACGCAACUAGAUCUGAACUCGCCUGACACAAAGAGGGACCUAUGCAAACGCCACAACUGGAAGCCAUUCUACCCCAAGAAUCAGCAAUCUUCGAGAAGGCUAUAUGACCUGCUCAUGGUCAACACGAAACUGGAAUGGCUAGAAGUCAGACUUAACACCACAUACGACCAUAUCGACUACUUCGUCAUUGUUGAAUCUCCAAAGACUUUCACGAACCGCGACAAGCCGAUGAUCGUCAGAGAGAACCUGGGAAAGUUGGCUGCUUAUCGAGACAAGAUAAUCUACCACCAGUUGGAGAUCCCGGAAGGGUUUCAUUCAGAUCGGGCCAACCCUGCUUGGGCAUGGGAGGACCUUCAGCGCAAUGCUAUGUACGACCAGGCUCUGGUCCGGUUGAAGGGCAACCCAGCUCCGGUGCAAGGAGACGCCAUCAUCGUGGCAGACAUGGACGAAAUUCUCCGCCCCGAGACCAUCGCUAUCCUCAAGGCUUGCAAUUUCCCGCUUCGCCUCAAACCUCCGAAAAGUGAAUUCUAUUACUACGGCUUUCGGUUCCGACACAAAGGUGUGGAGUGGGCACAUCCACAGGCCACAUACUAUCGAGGCAGCAAAACCAUCCUGCCAGUCAACUUGCGCAACUCUGACGGAAGGAUCCAGCCGUUGAUAAAACUAGAUACGGCUGAUCUUUGGAAUGCGGGAUGGCAUUGUUCCUCUUGCUUUGCUACCAUCGAGGAGCUUCUCACGAAACUAUCCUCACAAGGGAAAGACCUUUGGGACAGGGUAGGCGAGGUUUAUGAAAGGAUCGACAACAACCAGGAUCUACCCAGAAUCCUGCUAGACCAGCGAGAGAGGUUUUCCCAUCUCUUGGACAGAGAUGGGCAAAACGCGGGAUUUAAAGACCACCCCUAG